UAAAUUUUUGUUAAUAUGUCAAGCAUUGAAAAAGACGAUGAUAAUGACCCUGACUACAGGCCAAAUCAGCCCGCUCGUCACUCAUUUACAGGCAAGAAAGUUGCCUUUUCCUCAAAACUCAUUGACCCAGAGUUUGUUCUGCAUGAAGGACUGGCCAGCCCACCAAAGAAACUCAAGAAGAAGCAUUCCAAGUCCAAAGCUAGCCAAGGUGGUCGAAGCAAGAACACGACUUGUUUAUGCAAGCCAUCGCAAUUCAUGGCCGAGACUGGAAAUAAAGUCGAGAAAGUCGUCGGAACCAGAACGAGCACUCAGGCUCGCUCUCACGCUCAGAAAGUGUUGCCUCAUCCGAGCUCAGGAGAAGGGAUCUCAACCUCAGCCACAAACACCAAGAACAGUCCGAGCAGCAACAAGACUGGCUACUGCCUCGACUUCAGAAAGUCAUCUUCGGUUUGCUCCGACGACAACAACAGCGAAUUCGCCAUUUUCAAGGUCGAGAAAGUUCGGAGGGCGUUGCCUGGCAGGAGCCGAGUCAACAGUGAGAACAAUGUAUUUUCGAUUCCUGUAGGUGACACUUGUUUUGGCCAAGAACCCAUCCUCAAAGCCAAAGCUUGAAACAGAAAGUACUCCAUGAACAUCGACUACAGCCAGCCUAAAAUAGAUUUGGUAAGCCCUCCGAUCAACGAAACCAUCAAAGAGCAGAACUUCGAAGACGACGAAGAAGAAAAAGAGCCUCACCAGUUUGAUGAUGCAGACCUGAGCGAGGACCCUCAUUUGCAGCGGCGCCACACCUUCGAGCCCGAGGCUUCACGAGGGUUAGACGGAGAUAGGCCGUUCUUGUUCCACGAGGAGGACGAUGAAAUGAACCUGGACAGCCACCCUUCUGACAUCCACAUGGACAUCAGCAAUGGGCUUACAUCGAAGUUCUACUCACUCGACCCUCAGGAGGAAGACCUGGGCGGUAGGAGAGAAGACGUCAAGAUGGAGUACGACUCAGAUUAUCAUUACUCUCUCACCUUCUAAUAUUCUAAUUCUUCAAUUUAGUA